AUGAGCAACCUAAAAAUUCGUGAUGUUCGCGUCAUUGUGACGCAGCCGACCGCAAACCUCAAUGUAGUGAAAAUAGAGACCGAUGAACCGGAAUUGUACGGCUUGGGCUGUGCCACUUUUACCCAACGUGCUCUCGUUGUUGAAACCGCCGUCAAUGACUACCUCCGCCCGUUUCUCAUUGGCAAGGAUCCCGCUGACAUCGAAGACAUCUGGCAGUCGUGUAAUGUGUCGGCAUACUGGCGGAACGGCCCCAUCCUCAACAACGCCAUAAGCGGUGUAGACCAAGCGUUGUGGGACAUCAAGGGCAAGGUUGCGGGAAUGCCCGUUUACGACCUAUUCGGUGGAAAAUCGAGGGAAGCUGCUGCGGUAUACAUCGUGCCGGGAGGGUCUGACCUUAAAGAAUAUGAAGAAAAUGUUUGGGCGUUUAUCGAAGAUGGUUUUCGUUACUUCAAACUUGGGGGCGCAGAUCGCUUCUUCUCGGACGACACACCGCUAUAG